GAAUGGCCGACUUCUGCUCCUUUGUCUUAUGGUCUUAUGGUCUAAAUUGGGGAAAGGUCAAUUUUGAUGGCAUCAGAAAGGGUCUGACAAGUGUGUUUUGGGACAGGCUGUUUUCUGUCAAAGGUGUACUUGGUAAGUGGGAGGCCUUCAGAAGUGGAAUAUUGAAUGUGUAGAGUUUAUAUGAGCAUGCCAAAUUAAAAGUUGAAAGGUAACUGGUGCAGGGAUCCUCGGUUUUCAAGAGAUAUUGAGGCCCUGGAGAUCUUGUUUCUCUAAAUUCCUCAGACUGUUGGGUGCUACCAAGACUCAUUACUGACUACAAAUCAUAAAUCAAUGCCCUGAGCAUAUCUGAUUUUUUUUUUUAGUUCUCUUCUGUUGGUUUUAAAAACUUUCCAAUAGUUUUUGUUGUAUUAUUUGCCCUCUCUUUGGCUUUUAUAUUGGCGUUGGCUUUGGCUUCUCAUUUCAGCCACGGUUGUGUCCUCCUGCCUUUCCAAUGCUUCCACUUCUUUGGGAUGUAUCUACCAUGCGCCUCCCGAGUUGCUCCCAGAAACUCCAGCCAUUGCUGCUCCAUCGUUAUUCCUACCAGUUUCCCCUUCCAAUCAAGUUUGGCCAGCUUCUCUGUCAUAGAAACAUGGAGAAAUUCUGUGCAGAAACAGGCCAUUUGUCCCCUCUAGACAAUGAUGAUAACAUUUAAGCUGUCUAAUGCAACCACCUGCACCGGGACCAUCGCCCUCCAUACCCCUACCAUCAAGGUACCUAUCCCAGCUUCUCUUAAAUGAUGAAAUUGAUCUGGCAUGAACCACUUGUGCUGGCAUCUCAUUCCACACUGUCACAACCAUUUCAGUGAAGAGUUUUCCCACAUAUUCCCCUUAAAUUUUCACCUUCACCACUUACCCAUGACCUCUGGUUAUAGUCCCACCCAACCUCAGUGGAAAAAGCCUGCUUGCAUUUACCCUCGUAAUUGUGUAUACUUUGAACAAAUCCUCAAAGCAAUGUAUAAUUUCCUUGUUUAUGUUCAGAGCCUUUUUUACGUGUAUAAGAUGAUGAGGAGCAUUGAUCGUGUGGAUAGCCAGAGACUUUUUCCCAGGGCUGAAAUGGCUAACACGAGGGGGCACAGUUUUAAGGUGCUUGAAAAUGUGUAUCAAGGGGAUGUCAGAGGUUAAAAACGACGAGGAAUCUAUCUACAGGAAUCUCGAACACAACACGCCAGUUUUUCUGUCUCUGUCCAGAUAUUUAAGAACUGGAGUAAGAGAUUCACUCGAUCAUCCUUCCUGCUCAGACUGUGGGGAGGGAUUCACUUGAUCAUCUGACCGACUGGCACACCCGUCAUUUUACACAGGGGAGAGGCCAUUCACCUGCUCAGACAGUGGGAAUGGAUUCACUCGGUCAUCUCAACUGAAGGUACAUCAGCAAGUUCACACUGGGACAAGGCCAUUCACCUGUUCUGUGUGUGUGAGAAGGGAUUCAGUCGGUCCUCCCACCUGUGGACACACCAGUCAGUUCACACUGGGCAGAGGCUGGUCAUCUGCUGAAUUUGUGGGGAAGGAUUCACUCGGUCAUCUGACCUGAUGGCUCACCAGCGAGUUCGCACCACGGAGAGGCCAUUCACCUGCUCAGACUGUGGGAAGGGAUUCACUCGGUCAUCCAAACUACUGGUACACAAGUCAGUUCACACAGGGGAGUGGCCAUUCACCUGCUUAGAAUGCGGGAAGGGAUUCACUUGCUCAUCUCAACUGAAGGUACAUCAGCGAAUUCACACUGGAGAGAGGCCAUUCACCUGCUCAAACUGUGGGAAGGGAUUCACUCGAUCAUCCCAGCUACAGAGACACCAGCGAGUUCACACUGGGGAGAAGCCGUUCACCUGCUCAGACUGUGGGAAGGGAUUCACGUGCUCAUAUAAACUGAAGGGACAUCAGAGAGUUCACACUGGAGAGAGGCCAUUCACCUGCUCUGACUGUAGGAGGGGAUUCACUGAAUCAUCCAGCCUACAGAAACACCAGUCAGUUCACACUGGGGAGAAGCCAUUCACCUGCUCAGUCUGUGGGAAGGGAUUCACUUGCUCAUCUAAACUGAAGGUACAUCAGCGAGUUCACACUGGAGAGAGGCCAUUCACCUGCUCAGACUGUGGGAAGGGAUUCACUCGGUCAUCCCACCUACAGAGACACCAGUCAGUUCACACUGGGGAGAAGCCGUUCACCUGCUCAGACUGUGGGAAGGGAUUCACUUGCUCAUCUAAACUGAAGGUACAUCAGCGAGUUCACACUUGGGAGAGGCCAUUCACCUGCUCAGACUGUGGGAAGGGAUUCACUUGCUCAUAUAAACUGAAGGUACAUCAGGGAGUUCACACAGGAGAGAAGCCGUUCACCUGCUCAGAAUGUGGGAAGAGUUUCACUCCGUCAUCCAAUCUGAAAGUACAUCAGCAAGUUCACACUGGAGGGAGGCCGUUCACCUGCUCAGACUGUGGGAAGGGAUUCACUGAGUCAUCCAGCCUACAGAGACACCAGGCACUUCACACUGGGGAGAGGCCAUUCACCUGCUCAGACUGUAGGAAGGGAUUCACUUCGUCAUCUCAGCUACUGAGACACCAGCGAAUUCACACUGGAGAGAGGCCAUUCACCUGCUCAGUCUGUGGGAAGAGAUUCUCUCGGUCAUCUCACCUACAGAGACACCAGUCAGUUCACACUGGGGAGAAGCCGUUCACUUGCUCAGUCUGUGGGAAGAGAUUCUCUCGGUCAUCCAGCCUACAGAGACACCAGCGAGUUCACACUGGGUCGAGGGCGUUCACCUGCUCAGACAUUGGGAAGAGAUUCUCUCAGCCAUCUCCACCAAAUGUGCAUCAUUGAGUUCACACUGGGGAGAGGCCAUACACUGCUGUGAAUGUUCGAAGGGAUUCGCUCAGUAAACUAAACUUGUGACACACUACAGGGUUCACACUGGGGAGAAAGUUUCAGUAAGCUGCAUACCGGAUAUUUGUCCAUCACCAUUGCUGAAUGCAAUUUCGAGAGUGACUGUUGGUGCUGAUCUCUGCAAUUACUGCUGCUGGUCACCACACCCAGUUCUGCACCAUCAGCACCCAGGGCAUGCCCUUUUCUCACUGUUGCCAUCAGGUGGGAGAUACAGAAGCCUGAAGGCACACACUCAGCGAUUCAGGAACAGCUUCUUCCCCUCUGCCAUCCAAUUCCUUAAUGGACUUUGAAAACUUUGGACACUUUUUUAAUAUGCAGCAUGUGUGUUUUUACACAUUUUAAUAAUAUAUUCAUUAUGCAUAAUUGAUUUACUUGUUUAUUUACUAUGUUUUAAUUUAUGUAUUAUUAUUAUUAUCUAUGUCAAAAUAUGUAUUGCAUUGAACUGCUGCUGCUAUAUCAACAAAUUUCACUUAAAAUGAUGGUGAUAAUAAACCUGAAACCUGAAACCCUGGUCACUGGGCAUGGGAGGAGUUUCUUCUGCU